UUGUGUAGGGAGUCUUUCAAGUUAUACUCCUGGCCUCAACGAGCACACGAGCCUCCAAUAUCCUGCACCGGAAACGUGUUCAUAUCUAACACCUUGAAAGCUACCCUCUUGCCGCAGCCCCAACUACGUUACAUUACGUUGCACGACCACCCAACAAAUAUCCUAUGUCACGACGACCUCCCGCUGACAGGGCGGCACAGAAUGCACAAACCCUCAAAGCCCUAGUCAAACUUGAAGGCAACAAAGUCUGUGCCGACUGCAAAAGAAAUAAACAUCCACGAUGGGCAAGCUGGAAUCUGGGCGUCUUCGUCUGUAUCCGAUGUUCCGGCAUACAUCGAGGCAUGGGCACCCACAUUAGCCGAGUCAAAUCAGUUGACCUAGACGCCUGGACCGAUGAACAACUACAAAAUAUCCUCAAAUGGGGCAAUACAAGAGCCAACAAGUAUUGGGAGGCGAAACUGGCGCCUGGACACAGCCCUUCCGAAGCAAAGAUCGAGAACUUUAUACGCACCAAAUAUGAAUCCAAGAGAUGGGUAAUGGAUGGCCCGAUGCCUGAUCCAUCCACACUAGAUGCCGACGGUGACGAUAACAUGCCCCUGAACAUUGUGCAAGAAAAGGCCAAAAUCGAGAGAUCAGCGUCACAACGUCAGGCUCCUGCACAACCACAAGCGCAGUCUCGUCCAGCAGCAAAUGUUAAUCUGUUCGACGACUUCACCCCUCCUUCCCCUGUGAGGCCAAGCACGGCGGACAUCGUCGGGACGAGGCCGACGAGGACUGCUCCUCCAGCUCCAACUCCAGCCUCCAGACCAGCAGGCAAACCGCAAGAUUCCCUGUUGAGCUUGGAUUUCUUUGGAAGCACAUCAGCGGCUGGUAUGGGCCGACCUUCAAGUGCGGCGUCCAAUCCUUUGCAAUCGACCAACACCAGAGGCGAUCUGAAAAGUUCGAUCUUGUCAUUGUACGCAAGUGCGCCCAAGCCGCAGCCUGCACAGCAACCGCAACACAACCGUGAGCCUUCGUUUGGCGCCAUGGCAGCACCUUCAGCCCCUAAGCAGGAUGCUUUUGGUGGUCUGGCGGAUGCGUUCGGCGGACUGAGCUUUCCCAGCACAACUACAGCCAAGUCACCUCCGCCGCCAGCACAGACAUCUUCCAACUUCUCUGCAUUUGGCAGCCUCACCAGUUCCCAACCACCGAAAGCUGCACCCUCGGCACCACAAAUUACUUCUCCGCCUCCUCUUAGCGGUGGUGGUUUCUUUGACAGUUUGCCAUCCAAACCUCCUGCGCCAAAACCUUCAGUCAUGUCGCCAGCGGCAUCUAACGGAUUAGAUUUUGCCUUUACUCAGCAACCAGCCACGCAGACACCAGCAGCAGCACCGAAGCCAGCUGGUGCUUCCAUUCCUGUGGAUCUGUUUGCAGCCGAUGAUUUUGGAGGGUUUGCCAGCUCGACUCCCGCUUCACCACCGAAACCAGCUCCGGCGACCGUUUCUUCACCACCGGCUAGCACAGCAAAUCUGACCUCGGCCUUCAAUCUAUCCUCACCGACGGUGUCCGCACCAAAACCUGCACCUCAGCCAGCAGCUCAAGCAUUCAAAACUUCUGCAAACCCUCAAGGUAAUGCAGCAACGUUUGAUCCAUGGGGAUCUAGCAAUGACAGCCCGUGGGGAGCACCCGAACCAGCUCCUGCGAAGCCGGCGCCGCCAACGGUCGAUUUGGGGAAACCGCCCACACACAUCACUCCUAACGACAUCUCCGGUGGAUGGGGAGAGCCAAUAUCAUCCAGCAGCAAGCCGGCACAGCAACCAACCGUGACGGCCGAUGAGGACUUUGGAGGAUGGACAUCAGCAUCGACGACUCAAACACCCGUGGCGCCUCCGGCCAAAUCCGGUGGUAGUGGAUUUGGAGCUGCAUCGGACCCAUUUGACAACCCAUGGGGUUGAUGGCUUACUAUGCAAACUCAAGUGCCAGUUCAUGAAAGGGGAAUGAAACAUCUACGUAGCAUGAGCAUUGAUAAAUAGACGAAGUUGCAGAUAAUGUGUUGACGGUAUAAAAAAGCAACGACGCCCGUCGAUAUAUGCAGCUUUUCUCAUAUCACUCCGUAUCGUAAAUCAUCAUCUCGUC